AUGCCCGUGACACUGGGUUACUGGGAUAUCCGUGGGUUAUGUCACGCCAUCCGCCUGCUCCUGGAAUACACAGAGACAAGCUAUGAGGAGAAGAGAUACGCCAUGGGGGACGCUCCUGACUAUGACCAAAGCCAGUGGCUGAAUGAGAAGUUCAAGCUGGGCCUGGACUUUCCCAAUCUGCCCUACUUAAUUGAUGGGUCCCACAAGAUCACCCAGAGCAACGCCAUCCUGCGCUACCUUGCCCGCAAGCACAACCUGUGUGGGGAGACAGAAGAGGAAAGGAUUCGUGUGGACAUUUUGGAGAACCAGGUCAUGGACACCCGCAUUCAGCUUGCGAUGGUCUGCUACAGCCCUGAGUUUGAGAAACGGAAGCCAGAGUAUUUAGAGGGUCUCCCAGAGAAGAUGAAGCUCUACUCGGAGUUCCUGGGAAAGCGGCCAUGGUUUGCAGGGGACAAGGUCACCUAUGUGGAUUUCCUCGCUUAUGAUGUCCUUGACCAGCAGCAACUGUUUGAGCCCAAGUGCCUGGACGCCUUCCCAAACCUGAAGGACUUCAUGGCCCGCUUUGAGGGUUUAGAACGCUUAUUGAAAGAGAUAGUGGCAUAA